GAGAAAGGAUAGUGGUAGCUAAAAAAUAAAAAUAAAAAAUAACAAUAAUAAGGACGAUCACAAGAUGCUCUAAAUUCAGAUCUUGUUCUCCACAUUCUUCUCUUGAUGUGCCUCACUGCGCAGUGUUUGUUCACAUGAUUUAUUUCUUGUCACCGAAUCACCAUUUUGUUUUCAAACUCAGAAGCUGCCAAAGAUUUAGGCACCAUCGACACCAUUGUUCACAUGUUUCCUCCAGUACCAAGUCAUUGAUUGUUGAUCCCAACUUCAAGUCAAUGCUCAACUGUUCUUUUUCUUUUGGUCGUGAGCAGUUAAGUUCUUGUAAUGACACAAAGUUGGCUGUCUCGAAGUUCUUAGAUGAGAACAGAAACCAUGCAAAUGAGAGACGCAGAGAAGAAGAAGAAGAAGAAGAAGACAUGGAGAAGAAUUCUCUCCUUCCUGCUCACGUUCAAACAAAAGAGUGGAGAAGAGGAAAAAGCACCAGUAAGGACCGAGCCGUUGAAGCUUUCAUGCUCCGGUGGAUUGUUUGCUCACCUUCUUCAGAAAAGAGUUAGGCUCACUCCUUCAGGGACUCUUUCUUCUUGUUUCACUCCCUCAAUGGCAGAAGAAGACAGUGAGGUGCCUUACAAGUGCUUGGAGCAUCAAAACCAAGUUUUGGGAGCCAAACCUUUUGGGCCAAUUUACCUGGUAACAUGAGAGUUCUUGAUCCAAUCAUACAAUCGCAAUACUUGCUAGAUUAAGGAUUUCUGUGAACAUUGGAAGUGAUUCUUUGGCAAUACAAUUCAAUAAAGUUGAAAUGUUUGCUGAA